AUGCACAAUGUCGUCGCGAAUACCGCGCGUCCAUCACUGGACGAGUUGCGCAUGACAGAGAUCCUGCAAGCCAUUGAACGAGGUCACGUCGACACAGCACAAUCUCUCCUGGAUGGCGUGUCCCCUGACAUUCAGGACCGCACGGGCCGAACCCUCUUUUCCCGAGCGGUUUCACUCAAUUCAAAGGAAGAACUCCAAAGCCGCCUCAAGGCAGAAAUCAUGUUCGACCUCCUGAUUGCCAGAGGUGCCGAUCCCGAUCUCGGAGAUCAUACGGGAGAAACACCCGUGCAUUGGGCGGCAAAAGCAGGAGACCAUGAGAUGGUAUGCCUGCUUUUGCAGAAGGGCACGCUGUCGGACCUCCCAGACAAGUGGGGCCGCACACCGUUAUCUCGAGCUGCUGAGAGGGGGCAUAAUUUGGCGGUUGAGCGACUUUUGGUUGACGGUCGUGCGGAUUCAAAUAGUCGAGAUAACCGCGGUCGAACCCCAUUAUCUUGGGCUGCUGAGAGCUCGCACUUACAGAUAGUAGAGACAUUGGUUAACCACGGUGCCGAUGUUGAGAUCCGUGACAAUGAGGGCCAGAUACCCUUAUGGUGGUUCUUAAAUAAUACAGACCGAAGCAAUCCGACAGACCGAGGAACUACCAAAGAACCGGUGGACUUCCAGCGAUGGUGUUCGAUCCUGGGCCCUAAAUCAAGCAUAGAGCCUGUUACCAAGAAGCGACGAACAUUCCUGGCUUGGGCUUGUGAGCGAGGCGACCGGCAGCUGGUCCAAGAAUUGCUCCGAACGACAUGGACAGAUCCGAACUCGAUUGAUCGCCAUAGGAAAACGCCGCUCAUCUAUGCUUUGGAAUGGAAACACUACGAAAUUGCCGACAUGCUUAUGUCUGGCGUAGAGCCGGAGAGAGCGAAAAAGGACUGCGUGUCACUACAUCUUCUUAUACGGGAAGGUCGAUCCCGUCUAUUGAAAAUGUUCCUAGAGCGAUACAAGUCCAAUCUCAAGGAGGAAGAUAAGUACAGUGCAAUCCCUCUCAUGAGGAUGGCCCUUCAGCAAAGUGACCGGCCGACCGUGAGGCUACUCUUAGACUACAAGGCAAGUACGCAGGGGCUCAAAAGCAGCGAUUGGUUUGGACCCUGUAGCACAUUGAGAGCAGCGGAACCUCUAGUGGGUCUAAAUAAAGCGAACUGGGAUGGUUAUUCCUCCAUACCAGUAAUGGAAAUGACAAUCCAGGAGCGUGAUCGCAUUGCGGUAGCCACUUUACUCGGCAAACGUGCUCAAAUCCUGGAGAUUGAGGACGAUGAUGACGACUUCGCGCAGUACUCUAGCAACAUCCAGCAGAGCAUCGCCGUGGAUAUAAUGACCCGUAAAGACGGGCGACAGGCUGUAGAGUGGAUCUCAGAAGAUACAUUCGACCAGAAAAUGAGAGAACUGACAAAGAGCCCAGACGAGAGUCAUCUGAUAGUCUUCUCGGAAUGA